CAACCUGUCCUGGAACAGGUUACACAUUAUAUGGCAAGCCAUAUAAAAGACAGCCACAAGGAUCCUUCUCAUCUCUUCACACAGCCAGGAACCAGACACAGCUUCAGAAUGAAGAUAAUCGGUGCUUUCCUGCUGAUCCUGGCAUUUGUGGAGCUGUCCACAGGAUCCCUGUUUAUUGGCGCCUUCAACAUCAGAUCAUUUGGUGAUAAAAAAGCAUCAAAUGCCACCUUGGUUGAUAUUAUAGUCAAAAUAGUCCACAUGUAUGAUAUUUUAUUGAUUCAGGAGGUCAGAGACAGUGAUCUGUCUGCCACUAAGAAACUGAUGCAGAACGUCAAUGGGGGAUCAUCACCUCACAAAUACAAGUAUAUAGUCAGUGAACCACUUGGGAGAAAUACCUACCAGGAGAGGUACCUUUAUCUCUACAGAGAGGAUUCGGUGUCUGUGGUCAAGAACUUCACAUAUGAUGAUGGAGCCGAGGCCUCUGGGACCGAUACCUUCAACAGGGAGCCCUUUGUGGUGAUGUUUUCAUCUCCCCAUACACGUGUCCCCGAAUUCGCCCUGGUCCCUCAGCACACUUCUCCAGAUGAUGCGGUGAAGGAAAUCGAUGCCCUAUACGAUGUCAUUGUUGACAUCAGAGCUCGAUGGAAUACCGACAACAUCAUUCUUUUGGGAGAUUUUAAUGCCGGAUGCAACUACGUGGCUGGCUCUGACUGGCAGCAGAUCCGGUUGUACACGGAUAAGAGCUUUCACUGGCUGAUCCCAGACAGUGCGGACACCACCGUUUCACACACAAACUGCCCUUACGAUCGGAUCGUGGCCACCCCGACCAUGAUGGAAGCGGUGGUUCCUCAUUCUGCCUCGGUCUACGACUACAUGACCUCGCUAAAGCUUAAACUCGACAUGGCUCUAGCAGUCAGUGAUCAUUUCGCUGUUGAGGUCCAGCUCUUCGGCCCUUAGGUGCGCCCUGCUUCCCGAGACAACCUCCUGCCAUUUAUCUGCACAGGCAAUGACCAGAUCAACGGAAAAGAGCACAUCCAAUUACAUUCAGAAACAUGUGGUUUUUGCAGAUAUCAAAUAAAGUUUGAAAAAGAC